AUGUCAACCAAUUCCAUCAAGCUUUUAGCUAGUGAUGUCCACCGAGGAUUAGCUGAGUUGGUCGCUACCAGAUUGGGGUUGAAGAUAACCCCGUCUGAAAUCAAGAGGGACUCCACUGGUGAGGUCCAGUUCUCCAUCGGGGAGUCCGUUCGUGACGAGGACAUCUUCAUAAUCUGUCAGAUUGGCUCAGAGGUUGUGAACGACCGAGUUUUGGAACUCUUGAUCAUGAUCAAUGCUUGCAAAACCGCCAGUGCCAGAAGAAUCAGUGUGAUCUUGCCCAAUUUCCCUUACGCUCGUCAGGACAGAAAGGACAAAUCCAGAGCCCCCAUCACCGCCAAGUUGAUGGCCGAUAUGUUGACCACUGCUGGGUGCAACCAUGUCAUUACUAUGGACUUGCAUGCGUCGCAGAUCCAAGGGUUCUUUGAUGUUCCGGUGGACAACUUGUAUGCCGAGCCCAGUGUGGUCAGAUACAUCAAGGAAACCAUCAACUACAAGGAUGCAAUCAUCAUCUCUCCCGAUGCUGGUGGUGCCAAGAGAGCUGCUGGGUUGGCCGACAGAUUGGACUUGAACUUUGCAUUGAUCCACAAAGAAAGAGCCCGUGCCAACGAAGUCUCCAAGAUGGUGUUGGUUGGUGAUGUCAGCGACAAGAUCUGUGUGAUCGUCGAUGACAUGGCCGACACAUGUGGUACUUUGGCCAAGGCUGCUGAGGUUUUGUUGGAUAACGGAGCCAAGCAAGUCAUUGCAAUUGUCACCCAUGGUAUCUUGUCAGGAAACGCCAUCAAGAACAUCAACAACUCCAAGCUCACCAGGGUUGUGUGUACCAACACCGUUCCGUUCGAGGAAAAGUUGAAGCUCUGUCCCAAGUUGGAUACCAUUGAUGUGUCUGCUGUUUUGGCCGAGGCUGUCAGGAGAUUGCACAAUGGUGAAAGUAUUUCAUAUUUGUUUAAGAAUGCCCCAUUGUGA